AUGAGCGCACAGCGCAUGGGACUAGGAGAGAACAUCGUCCAGGACACCGUGGACCAAGAUGAGUACCAAGUCUUCAAGCCCGUCGUUUCGGACGACUACUUCGUCUCCAUAAUCGACGUGAGUGCGGCCACAAAACCAUCGUUAUCUACGGCAACGGGACAGACCCCAACCUCUAAAGCCGAACGCGUCGCACUGGUCCUCAGUAGCCCGAAAACCCCCAAAACGCUCGAUGGGCCUGCACCAUUGACACCCAUUACGAGUGCCCUAUGGACAUGGCCUGGCGUGAAAGACAGUCUUGCCAGUGAUUCUUUCAUCCCCCAAGCCCGACCGGAAGCCAUGCACUUGUGUCGCGACGCGACCGCCGAUCUUAAGAUGUACAAUAUCGGCCACAAGGGCCGCACUCUAAACCACCGGGGUGAUCUCUGGGCGCCGAUCAUGAAGUGGCCUGCGGCGAUUAUCACCGACCACAACAGUCGCACGUCCCACGCCGCCAUUGUCAGUUACGGACUUGGCGUCCCUGUCAUUGUGGGCACCCAUGCUGCCACCUACGUGCUGCACCCAGGGUAG